GAUGGACAAGAGAGACAAGGCCAAGGCAGGGGCCACUGCGCGGACGCCGGCUGCUCGCCCUCCUGGACUUCUGACCCCCAGGCCCCCAGGCUCUCCUCGACCCCCUCCCCCAGUAACUCCCGCAGCCCUCCGAGUUCUGGGAGCUGCGGGAGCUGUGGGGCGAAAACCUCUGGCAGAGCGAGCCGGGGGCAUCGGCGGGGCCACUCUUUCCGAGUCUGCGCCCCGAGCGGGACCAACGCGGAAUGCUGGGACAAGUUCCCGAAACCCAGCUUCCAGGGCCCCAGCCUCCGGGAGAGGGGAGAGAGCUCCUCCUGCCAAGAACACCAGCCCAGGCCCUGUUUCUAGCCCAGGGCGUGCCAGCGGGACCACUAGGCCAGGCCCUCUUGGCCAAAAGGGACUCCGGAUCCCAGCGGAGGAAACUGUAGCCAGAGGAAAAGCUACAGAGGCUCCCAAAAGGAGUGCCCUCGGCGCCGGGGCACGGAGAGCCCGUUCUGGGCCCUCAGCCCGCGGAACACCCAGGGCUCCUGCGCAUCCCUCGCAGCCCAAACCGAAAGGGCUGCAGGCUCUGCGCCCCCCGCAGGUCACACCCCUAAGGAAGGACGCAGCCCCAGCACUAGUCCCGCUUUCUUCUUCUCCUGUGGCCACACCCUCUCCACCGGGUACCAAGGCAAGACCCGUACCGCCUCCCUACAACGCAGCCACUCCCCUGCCAGCCACGCUCCCUCCUUCUCCACCGGUCACGCCCCCUCUUCCAGCCGUGCUCCAAAGUCAGGCCCCGCCCACCCUGCCGGCCACGCCCCACUCGCCGAGCCUUACCUGCCUCUCCCUCUCCUUUGACCACAGUCUCUCUGCAGGAUCGUCCUCUAGUUUCUCCCUCUCUUUUGGCCUCGCCUCUGCAGGCCCCGCCCCCACCCAUGGCCCCGCCCCACUCACAGGCCCCACCUUCUAUGACUACGCCCCCUGUGCAGGCCCCGCCCUCUCUCCAGACCAUUCCCCCAAUACAGGCUCCAUCUUCUCUGGCCUCCUACUCUCCUCAGGCACCUCCCUCUUCCCUGACCAUGCCCGCUCUGGAGACCCAGUCUUCUCUAGUCCCGCCCUCUCUGCAGACACCUCCGGCUUCCCUGACCACACUCCCUCUGGAGAGCCCACCUUCUCUAGCCCCACCCCCUCUGCAGACAGCUUCUGGUUCCCUGACCACAUCCCAUCUGGAGACUCCACCUUGUCCAGACCCACGCCCUCUGCAAGCACCACCUUCGCCAUUGAUCGCGCCCCUUCCGGAGACCCCCUCUUCCAUAGCCACGCCUCCUCCACAGGCCCUACCUGCUCUGGCCUCACCCCCUUUGCAGGGCCUGCCCUCUCCCCCUCUGUCUCCUUUGGCCACGCCCCCUCCACAGGCCCCACCUGCCCUGGCCUUGCCUCCACUGCAGGCCCCUCCCUCUCCACCUGCCUCACCCCCUCUGUCUCCCUUGGCCACAUCCUCUCCACAGGCCCGAACUGCUAUGGCAGUGGUGGUGGCGUCACGGGGGGCGCCCGGACUGCACUCAGCGACGCCGAACUCGGCCGCUGGGCCGAACUACUGUCUCCCCUGGACGAGUCCCGUGCCAGCAUCACCUCGGUCACCAGCUUCUCUCCGGACGACGUGGCCUCCCCGCAGGGUGACUGGACCGUGGUGGAGGUGGAGACCUUCCACUGA